AUGGAUAUGUCAUGGGCUGACAGUGAAGCUUCAAGUUCGAAACUGAACGAACCUUUAUCAGUAACUAUUGCAUCUACGUCAUUAAUUGCUGAUGAGACUAGCAAUGAAUCAACCAAAAUGUCUGCACCAGUUGUUGAUUCAGAAGUAAUUUCGGAUUCGCCAAGUACAAAGUCUGGUAAAGAAGUUCGUUUAAUUAGAAACUCGUCAUCACGUGUAAUAACAGCUGAUACUACUCAUAUUCAUAUUGAACCGAGUAACGUCAUUGAGUAUGAGUGGCCUCCUAAAUCUGGCGAACGCUAUUUCAUUCAGGAGCAAAUUGCGGAUCUUUUAGAUGUCAAGUCAUUCAAGAGGAAAUAUCCGGAACUUAGUCGACACACCGUUGAAAUAAAUGAAAGAGAAUACUUAAUAGCUAAUUACAAACUUUCUAAUGCUAUAAAUGAACAUCAAAUGCAUGGUUUAACCGCUUUAAGGGCAAUCGAGGUUCAUGAAUUAAUGGCUUCAGAUUAUCCAGAGUACCAGAGAGCAGCUGCAGAUAAAGUUAAAUUACAGAUGGCUGAAGAUCAAAAACGAUUAGAUGCAGUAUGUUUUGAAAUUAUACAGUCACCAAUGAAUCGAUGGAAGCGUAUGGCUCCAGAACAUACUCGACCGGGUCCUUAUCCUGCUGCACUUAUUCAUGGUCAGUACCAGCAUUUCUAUAAAAGAUUCACUCCAUCUGAGUUGCGCCGACUACCGUUAUCUACAGUAGUAGACUAUGAUUAUCUUUUACCACCUAGACGACUUUCUUCACCAUUACCUGUUGUUGUAAAUGAAGAGGACAUGGCUGUGGCAUCAAAUAUUGAAAAUGAUGAAAGUUCUAAUUUUGAAAUGCAACCUUCUUUUUUAUCAUCAUCGAACUACAGCAGUGGCGUUAGAGCAGUCAAGCUAGAAAAAGAUCCUCAGGAUCAAGUCAAAAAACAACAGUGUUCCAUUUGUGAUGAAGCAGAUAAGCGUCAGAUGUUAUCUUGUUCCAACUGUCACAAUACUGUGCAUCCUGAUUGUGCCAGUUUGCCGACCCAUGUUGUUAAGGUCGCAUUAAAUUACAAAUGGAACUGCAUUGAAUGCAAAAAAUGUACAGUAUGCGAAAAGCCGGAUAAUGAAGAUGCAAUGAUGUUCUGUGAUCGAUGUGACCGUGGUUAUCACACGUUCUGUGUAGGUUUAGCCACUCCACCAAAUGGUAACUGGAUUUGUUCUAGUUGUUGUGAUGAUGAUGGCUUUUUGGCGAUGGAAACCACUCACAGUUCUUGA